CUCUCCGUUGGCAAAACAUGUCGCGACAUGAUCCUGCGUUCAAAACAAAACACAAUGCGAAGGAGGAGCGCAUAGAGCAAGUCUUCACUUGUUUGCAAGUAAAAGAGGGAUGCACAAGGAUUUGUAGUGAAGGUGAAGGUGUGCCUAUUUUAUGUGUAUGUAAAGGUGAAGUUAACGUAAAUUUUAAUACUUGUUCGUUACAGUAAAAGUUUGUUAAUUAGUUAUAAAGUUUCGAACCAGUGUUUACCCACCGUUUGCAGAAGUCGCUGAGAUGAUCAGGUUCAGGAUUGUAUUGCUGGUCAUGUGUUUCGUGCAUGCUCAAUCAAAUCAAGCUCCGUGCACUGAGGAUUCUCACUGUUCGAUUGGAUUCUACUGUGAUGAGACGGUUUUAUUCUGUCGCGGUUGUCUGAGCUGCGAGGACCACCAGCGCGAGGCGCCGCCUCAGCGCGACCUCUGCGUCAAGUCCCUCGUGCAGUGCGGGGAUUGUCUCAUGGGUUCACAGGCGAAUACUCAAAAUGGCAACGAAAAAGUUAACACUGAUUGCGAAUCGUCGUCAGAGAAAAUUAAACAACACCAUCCCUACCUCCCUCCAUACGCGUGGGUUGCUAUAGGUUUCGGGCUUUUGCUGAUGGUGAUUACAAUCUGCGUAUUUUUAAGGACUAAGAUGUUUAAAGUUGUGUCUUAUUCAUCGCAAACUUCUGUGCGUUCUAUGCGUGGGAAUGAGGCAGCCGAACUAGAGGCAGUGCCUCCGCCACCCUACAACUAUCAACUGCCUUCCACUUUUCAGCCUGGAUCUGCUACUGAAAUGCCAGAGAUCCGGAGUCUAAUUGAUUCACCACAACCGUGCUUGAAGCCUUCCCCGGAAACACAGACGUCGCGGACUCGUGAAACUGCGGGUAGCCAAGAGGCUCGUGUCUUCAACAGUCCAGCGUACGUGCGCAUACCGCAGAACCAGAGCAGAUGCAACACACCAGAACCAGAGGCUGAUUACGUUCCAGCGGCGGCCAGUAAUGACUCGCAUCUCUCCACAAGGAAUAUUGUAAAGUUAGAUAAUAAUUCUACUGCAGCUGAUCAAAGUAGUGGUAACGCAUCGACACAUCGAGACAAGAAUAGCAGAGUACUACAGGUUCAAGACUCGAAUAACAACUACCCGCGAGAGGAAUCUUCGAAUAGGGUGCCAAAAACCAGCGGCAUUUCAAUCUCUGAAACGCGCGUCAUUGGCGGCCCUUCAUUCGUCAUCAACGUCUUGGAAAACAUUCACAAUUUUCAACAAAGCAAUCACGUCAACUGCUACCAUCCAGACCCUUCGUAGAUUUUUCUAUUGUGAGGAUGAUUGAAGGAAUCAUUAAUUAUACACAAUUAGCAGUAUUGAUAUUAAUUUUGUUUUGUUUGUAACAAAACAAACA